GUGUCACUAAAUAUUUAUUCCUUCAUCGAUUCAAUCUUUCUUCUCCAAUUUUCCCUCAAUCCUUCUCUUCUCUUCUCUCUCUAGAUAGAUAACCACUUAGAGAGAGAGAAAAAAAUGGCGAAUAUCACCAUGGGAUUGCUGAGAGCAAUUAUGUACAUACAUUUAAUCUCAGUGGCAGUGAUUGCAACUAGGGUUCUGCCUUUGCACCCUUACAUGAACGGGCAAGAAAAACCCAAUACCCAUAUUUUUGAUACAUCAAAUUACGGAAUUCUUCAGCUCGGCAAUGGUUUGGCAAGAACUCCUCAGAUGGGAUGGAAUACCUGGAAUUUUUUUGGCUGUGAUAUCAGUGAAAAAGUUAUCAAGGAAACAGCUGAUGCACUUGUUUCUACUGGCUUGUCCAAGUUAGGUUAUACUUACGUAAAUAUAGAUGAUUGCUGGUCUGAGGUAUCACGUGAUUCAGAGGGUCAGCUAGUUCCCGAUGCAGAAACUUUUCCGUCGGGAAUUAAAUCUCUUGCUGAUUAUGUGCACUCAAAGGGACUGAAGAUAGGUAUCUACUCAGAUGCAGGUGCUUUCACGUGCCAAGUUCGACCGGGCUCGCUUUUUCAUGAAUCCGAUGACGCUAAACUCUGGGCUUCUUGGGGGAUUGAUUACUUGAAGUAUGACAAUUGUUUCAAUUUGGGCAUUGAUGCCAAAAAAAGGUAUCCACCAAUGCGAGAUGCCAUAAAUGCAAGUGGGCAUCAAAUGUUCUACUCUCUUUGUGAAUGGGGUUCGAGUGAUCCAGCAUUAUGGGCAGGCAAUGUCGGAAACAGCUGGCGAACAACAGACGACAUUAAUGAUACGUGGGCGAGCAUGACUGCAAUUGCUGAUAUCAACGAUAAGUGGGCAUCCUAUGCGGGGCCUGGUGGAUGGAAUGACCCUGAUAUGUUAGAAGUUGGAAAUGGAGGAAUGACAGACGAGGAGUAUCGAGCACAUUUCAGCAUUUGGGCUCUGAUGAAGUCUCCACUUAUAAUCGGCUGUGAUGUUAGAAACAUAACUGCCGAGGCGUUCGCAAUUCUCAGUAAUGAGGAGGUUAUUGCUGUAAAUCAAGAUUCACUUGGAAUUCAAGGAAGGAAAGUCGACUCCUAUGGACCUGAUGGUUGUUAUCAAGUUUGGGCAGGCCCGCUUUCUGGGCAACGUUUGGCUGUUGUUUUAUGGAACAGAUGUUCGAAAACGGGCACUGUCACAACUAAAUGGGCUUCACUUGGGCUCGAGUCUUCCACUAGUGUCUCUAUCAGAGAUUUGUGGAAGCACGAAUAUGUUUCGGAGAAUAAAGUAUCCUCAUUCAGUGCUCGGUUGAAACCCCAUGCUUGUGAAAUGUACAUAUUCACUCCGUCUACAUUGAGUCACUCGGCAAGUUAAUAUAUUGGAUAUAUGCCAGUGUGAGCUUUUUAUAAUGGCUCGGUAUGCUAAAGAGACAAAUGGUCCAGUUUUCAUAUUGUUGUAUUUACGGCUGAUGCCAUCACCAUUUUAUUACGAGAGUUCAGUCGAUUAUUUCAGUUGUCUGUUUAAAGAAUAAGUUAUGUUGUUGUAAUGGAUAUUUGAUUACCACUUUUAUUGAUCCAACAUUGCAAGGAUUUUAGUAUCUGUGAGUAUGUAUUCUACUCUGUUUUGAUUUUGAAUGUAAUAAGGAAGAGCUUUUUUUAUUAGCAGAAGCACUUUUCAGUAA